CUGCUAUUGAUCUUCCGGCAGGCGAUCUGCCUGGUUGCCGGCGUCCCACGCUACCUGCUUCGGUUCCUGCCAACAAUUUUUUUUUAAGGGACUGGAUGUUCUUCCCAAAAUGAGUUUGGUGAUUAAAAAUCUGCAGCGGGUGGUCCCCAUCAGAAGAGUGCCACUUCGCAGGAAGAUGGAUAUGGUCAGGAGUAUUUUAGGAGUGAAGAAUUUUGACCUGGGGAUCAUCUGUAUUGACAAUAAGAGUAUUCAGCACAUUAAUAGAAUCUACAGGAAGAAAAACAUCCCAACUGAUGUGCUUUCUUUCCCAUUUCAUGAGAAUCUGAAAGCAGGUGAAUUUCCUCAGCCAUACUCACCAGAUGAUUAUAAUCUGGGAGAUGUUUUUCUAGGAGUGGAAUAUAUCUUCCAGCAAUGCAAAGAAAAUGAAGAUUACUAUGACAUCCUAACGGUGACAGCCACCCAUGGACUCUGUCACCUUCUGGGCUUCACCCACAACUCUGAGGCUGAGUGGCAAAAGAUGUACAACCAGGAGAAGCUGGUGCUGGAGGAACUAAAUCGCUACACCGGAAGCAAGCUCCAGCCCCUGAGCAGGGGCCUCUACUAAUGCUUCGAUGCCCUGAGAUAGCCAAGUUGAUGGACAGAGUCUCUGCCAGUCAUGCUGUCCUGGAUGACAUCAGCCCUCCCUAAAGCUUAGUCCCAUGAGUGGAAAUUGGCUUCAGAAAGUACCGAAGAGGUGGCUGGCUGGUUCAUGCUGUUUAGAAGACUGUCUUGAUUAUUGUAAGCAGUAGGUCUAGGCCAUUUCUAAGAGAAGAAACAUGUAAGUUCUGUAUCUUCUUUGGGUUUCUAGCUCUAGAGUCUGGGUGGGCUGCCCUGUCUCCCUGAAGUGGAACCCACGUCUCAGACCACUGAAAUCUGUUCUUCCUAGGAGAAUGGGCACCUUGCAAGAGAAGCAAGCUCAAAAGGGCAAGGCUCGCACCCAGCCCUCAGGAACUCUGUGACCUGAACCUUGUUUGUGACACUCCUAAGAGCUACUGUACGCCCUCACUUUUCUUAAGCCAUUGGCUAUAGACACCAUAAGAAAGCCCAGUGACCUACAAAGCCUGUCACCCAGGGGCCAAAGAUUCAGUCAGGCCUGUCUUCAAUCCCCCUAUCAUUUUUGUUAUUUUAAUUUGAUGUAUGUGUAUACGUAUGGGUGCACAUAUUCACAGCAUACACGCGUAGGUUAGAAGACAACUGGGGGAAGGUGGCUCUCUCCUUCUAUGAUGUGAGUCCCAGAGGUUGAACUCAGGUUGUCAGGCUGGACAGAAAGUUUUUACUGUCUGAGCCAUCCCACUGACAUCUUGUUGGCCCUUGUGAUCCUGCUGCUGGGGCUUCUCCUAUUGGCUGUUAGAGGCAGGAUAUCUGCUCAAGCCCUGGAGCGUGGAAUUCUGGUCGAGUUGAAGUUCAGCUUUCCUGGACAUACUGAAUACCUACCUAUGCAAGUCUGGACCACUUGUCUUCCCGGCAUGUAGCCAAUAACCUUGAAUCUAGAUAGGGUUUUCUGACCCCUCUGCCGUGUCUACCCUCAUCUACCUAUGCCGGCCAUUCCCUCCUUCACAGUCAUCUAACUGGUUCAUCAUCUUUGAACAAUGACUGCUUCUGUA